AUAGACUGCCAAACACAAAAGCAUCUCAGAUCCAAAACUCCAAUGCCAAAAUGUCAUCCAUGGAGUUGCAGCAGCCAACAGCUAGUGGUAGCAACAAGAAUGGUGACCAUGAAUCACAGUCACAGAUGUUAAGUCCUGGCCAUAAACGUGGUGGUUGGUUCACCUUUUUCUUUGUUUCAGCAACUUUGACAGGAUUGAUGAUAGCUGGUUGGGGAUGGCUGACGAAUUUGAUUGUGUAUCUGAUCGAGGAAUUCAAUGUUAAGAGCAUUGAUGCUACUCAGAUAAGCAAUGUAGUCAACGGUUCCAUCAACUUGAUACCAAUUAUCGGUGCUGUUUUGGCUGACUCUUUCCUCGGCUCUUUCCAUGUCGUUUCAAUCUCUUCACUCUUCUCUCUACUGGGAAUAAUUGCUCUAACCUUAACAGCGACACUUAGUCACUUGAGACCACAACACUGUGGAACUGGUUCAACCUUGUGCCACACUCCAUCGAAACUCCAAUUAGCUGUUUUAUACACGGGUAUUGCUUUGGCAUCAAUAGGCCUGGGGGUGGUUCGUUUUACUUUAGCAUCCUUGGGAGCCAAUCAAUUUGAUAGUCCUGAAGAUCAAGGAGUUUUCUUCAACUGGUUUUUCUUUAUAUUUUAUUCUGCCUGUGUCGUAAGUUCUUUAGGCAUCGUCUAUGUUGAGGAUAGUAUUAGUUGGGGACUGGGAUUUGGCAUGUGUGCAGCUUUUAAUUUUCUGGGCUUGGUUAUCUUCUUCCUGGGAAACCGUUUCUACCGCCAUGAUAAGCCUCAAGGUAGCCCUUACACGAGUUUGGCUCGUGUGAUUGUUGCUGCAAUACGAAAGAGGAACGUCUUGGUUUCAUCUGAAAGCAAGUAUUAUUAUCAUAAGAUUAAUGAUGGAGCUAGUAAAGCCAUCGCUGCAACACCUAAACGCAGCUUCAGGUUCUUGAACCGUGCAGCACUGAUAACUGAAGGAGACAUUAGUUCAGAUGGAUCCAUAGCCAAGCCGUGGAAUAUAAGCUCAGUUCAACAAGUUGAAGACUUGAAAACUCUGAUUAGGAUUCUCCCAUUAUGGGCAAGCACAGUAUUUUUAGCCACCCCUAUUGUAAUUCAGACCAACAUGACAAUUCUUCAAGCUCUAGCAAUGGAUCGUCACCUCGGCCCAAAUUUCAAGAUCCCCGCCGGUUCAAUCACGGUCGUGGUUUUAAUCUCCUCAGCCAUCUUUAUCGCCCUGUUUGACCGGUUUCUUUACUCCACCUGGCAGUCCCUGACCGGCCGCUCAUUAACACCCUUACAAAGAAUCGGAGCAGGCCAUGUUUUCAACAUCCUAAGCAUGGCAAUCUCCGCCCUGGUGGAGUCAAAGAGGCUAAAUGUAGCCCAUGAUAACCACCUCCAAGACCACCAGGGCGGCGCCGCCGCCGUGGUGCCAAUGCUCGCCUUAUGGCUGUUUCCACAACUCAUCGUAGUUGGGAUGGGUGAAGCUUUCCACUUUCCGGGCAAUGUUUCACUGUACUAUCAAGAAUUCCCUGUCUCAAUGAAAAGCACAGCAACUUCCAUGAUUUCCAUAGUCAUCGGCGUCGCUUUCUAUGUCAGCACUGCUGUGGUUGAUCUGAUAAGGAACGUUACCGGAUGGUUGCCGGACGAUAUAAACGAUGGAAGAGUAGACAAUGUUUAUUGGACUUUCGUUGUGUUGGGAUUGCUUAAUUAUGGCUACUUUUUACUGUGUGCUAAGUUUUACAAGUAUCAAAAUCUCGAACAGGAAGCGGAAGCGAACACCCAGAUUUGAUCAGAACCUUUAAUUCAAUUUAAGUUUACUGUAGUUAUAGGUGAAUGUAUGAUUACGGAUAAAAUGAAAGGUUUAAUUAAUAUAAGAAGAGGAUAAAGAUUUAAUAACAA